AUGCUCCUACUCUACCACCACCUCCUCUGCCUCCUCACCCUCCGCCACCAUGCCCUCGUCAAAGCCCAAACAGUAGCAAAGACCUACACAGGCUGGGACUGCUGCAAACCCAUCUGCGCCAGCACCGACAACCGCCCCUCCCUCCUCACCACCCGCGGCGCCGUCCGCGUCUGCAACAGAUCCAGCCAGCCCCUCCCCACCACCGCCGGCGUCUCAGCCGUGACGGGCUGCCAGCCCGGCGUAAACACCAACACUGCCGCCUACCUCUGCGACACGUACCAGCCCAUUCCCAUCUCCAACGACCUCUCCUACGGCUUUGCGAUCCAGGUCCAGGACAGUCAAGCAGCUGACCAUCCUAAUUGCUGUAAAUGCUAUCAAUUGCGGUGGUUGACUGGGGCGGCAGCGAAUAAAACGAUGAUUGUACAAGUUGUUACACCUGGGGGCGCGGGGGGAUGUCAAAGGGGGGACAUGAUUAUUUUGACUCCGGGAGGGGGGGUAGGUCCGCUGGGGCAGGGGGGGUGUAAUGGGAUGUAUGGGGGGUUACAACUGGGGGGUGCACAGGGGGGUGAGGAAUAG